AUGCUUUGCAAUUAUUUGCUAUUUCGGGAAGAUCUUCGCGCACAGACAAAUCCCGUUAUUCUUGUCAAGCAAGAAGGCGCUUACUUAGAUUUAAAAACGAUUCUGAUCCAACUUUCGAAUGAGCAUGAAACUGAUUUGACAUUAUUUUAUUCUCAAACAGUUGACAACAUCUUCACAUGUUUGCCAUCUUUGCUAUUCUCAAUAGAAUACUUACCAUCGCGUAGUGAACGUGAUACAUAUGAUGAACGAGAAAAACUUGUCUCAACCUAUAAGAUCGUUUCCAGAAGUCAAUGUUUGCUGCAGAUGCGUUCGUUAGACGGUUUCAUCCAUGCAAAACAUAUCACUGAUCUUCACGAUACACAAGAAACCAUUGAUGGUAUCUUUGUAUUUCUUCCUGUUGCUGUGAAUCUCUUUUUUAUUCAACAUAAACAAAGUCAACGAUAUCUGUGCGGUCGAAAUCAUCGAUUGUUCGGCUUGGUUGAAGCCAACGAACGUAGUUGUUUAUUCGAAACAAAACGAUCUGAAAUAGAUUUUGGUUUUUGGGAUUCGUAUCGACUUUUCUACGAAGACUUCGAUGGCGGUUAUCUAUCGAUUUCACAUCACUGUCGUACAAGACUAAGAAAGAAAUAUACCAACGAUAAAUAUUUAAGUUUUCUCGCCUUUAUUCGAAUCAAUACAGAUGUACCAACGACACGACAAAAUUCUACUGCUGCUCGGACAUCGUCAUCGAAUCUCUUUCAUUACUAUUAUAAUUAUCAACGGCCCAAGAUGUCUCAUGAUUGGAAUCGAAUGCACUGGUUGUAA